CUUCGGAGGAUGUGUCCGAAGCCAUGCCCAUGUCCUCGUCCUCGUCUUCGCGCCACCUCCUGCAGACGGACGCGUGGGCAGGGGAGAACUGCACCCAGCCAGCGAUCGAGCAGUUCCCUCGGCCCCUCAUGUCCUCGGCAGCCAGGAGGAGCGGCGGCCUCAUCCUCCACAUCCUCAUCUCCUUCUACAUGUUCCUCGGCAUCGCGAUCGACGAGUAUUCGUGCCUUCGCGAGAUGAUCUGCGACAGUUUGCAAAUGAGCGAGGACGUGGCCGGAGCGACCUUCAUGGCGGCGGGUUCCUCGGCCCCGGAGCUGGCCACGUCCGUCAUCGCCGUCUUCGUGGCCAAGGACGACAUCGGCAUCAGCGGCGUCAUCGGAUCAGCUGUCUUCAACAUCAUGUUCGUCAUAUCGGUGUGCGCUCUCUUCGCCGGUCAGGUCAUCGUUAUAAACUGGUGGCCGCUGAUAAGAGACUCGACCUUCUACUGCAUCUCGAUCUGCGGGCUCUUGCUUACGAUUUACAACGAGAAGGUCAACUGGUACGAGUCCGUCUUCCUGCUCCUCCUCUACGUCCUCUACAUCGUCAUGAUGUUCUACAACAAGCGCCUGGAGGCCUGGGCGAACACCCUCAACAUCCCCUUCAAGAACGCCACGAGGGAGGAGAAGUCCUCGCUCUUCGGGACCAAGCCGGUGCCGCCCGUUGGGGAUGACAUGAAGGGCGAGGGGGCGCAGGAUUCCGAAAAUCCGGCUAUGGAUGGACAAGAAACAUACACCCAUCCGCACACGAGGAGCUACGGGUCGACUGCUGUCGGUGACGUCCCGAAGGAGGUGGAGGCGACAGAAGUGGAAUCUGCAGGAGUCAAAUCCAUGGCACCGGAAAUGAAGGAUGAGGACGUAUCCCCUUGGACCAUGCCUGUGGGAGUCGGAGAACGCAUCAGCUGGAUAGUGAAGCUCCCCCUGGUGGCCAUCCAUCACUUCACAACGCCUGACUGCCGCCGAGAACGUUUCCGCCGCUGGUACUUGGUUACGUUCAUCAUGAGCAUGUUGUGGAUCGCUGCCUACUCCUACAUCAUGGUCUGGAUGAUAACUGUCAUCGGCUUCACGCUUGGUAUUCCGGACACAGUUAUGGGUCUGACUUUCAUCGCCGUCGGAGUGUCAGUUCCCGAUGCGCUCUCGUCUCUGUGCGUGGCCAAACAAGGUUUUGGUGACAUGGCUGUGAGUAACGCCAUUGGCAGCAAUGUGUUCGACAUCCUCCUGUGCUUAGGUCUUCCAUGGUUCCUUAAAACAGCAGUUGUUGACCCUGGCUCUAUUGUCCCAGUCGAAAGCAGAGGCCUCACUUAUUCAACUGUCUCCCUCUUCUCCACUGUCGUGUUCCUUAUUGUUGCUACGCACAUGAAUGGGUGGAAGCUGGACAAGAAGUACGGCGUUGUUCUCAUGUUUUGGUACCUCAUCUUUAUGGUGUUUGCCAGCCUUUACGAACUCAAUGUUUUCGGAUACUUCAAUCCCCCAGAGUGUGAGAGCAGUUAUUAGGGAGAUUGAAAUGGUAUUAUGUGAUUUAUCAUACAUUAUUAAGGAUGGAGGAGGAUUAUGCCUUUUCUUUUUAUCUUGUGUUGCACACGAGUGGUCUAAAGAAAUUGAGUUAUAGUUUUCUUUAUCAGGGAUGAAAAUUAAAAUCUCCUCUUAUCCGAAUUUUUCUUUCUUCUCUGAAUUGAAUAGAUCAGACUUUCUUUUAUUUUAUAUGAAUAUCGAUUUUCCUUUUUUGAUGUGACUUGAAAACGAGCAUAGUGAUGAAC